AUGGGCGAGAACUGUACUGGUGGUGAAGUCUCAUUCCAACUCAUCUGUCGGGUGAUUGCUGUUCAGCUUUGUGUGUCACUUUUCCUUUGCAUUAACUGUGUACUUAUUGCGACUUUUUUCAUGAAGGAUUUCUUCUACACAACCAUGCGCUACAUCUUAUUUGCUACUACAUUACUGUCUGAUUGUCUGAUUUUAAUUGUGACAAAUCUCUUGCUCAUCCUGAGCUAUUUUGGUAUAUCUAUACAGAUUUGGAUGUGUCUCAUUAUAUUUAGUUUAUCAUCUCUGUACACUUUUGUCACACCACUAACUUUGACAACAAUGACGGUGGAGCGCUACGUGGCCAUUUGCGUGCCCCUCCGUCACGCAGAGCUGUGCACCACACGCAGCGCUCAGCUUUGUAUUGUCUUCAUUCACUUCCUCAGCUCUGUACCCUGCAUUGUUACUCUCUCCAUUGUCUUUACAUCUGUCACCCUCAGCUUUUACAAGCAAUACAAUGUCUGUGCUGUGCAGGUGUUCAUUUUACACAGUUGGCAGCAUCAUCUCAGGUCAGCCGUUCGUCAGUUUUACUUCUUGGUCAUGUUCAUUACUAUUUUAUUCUCUUAUGUUAAAAUAAUGAAAGUGGCCAAAGCUGCAUCGGGAGAGAAUAAAAAGUCAAUGUGGAAAGGGCUCAGAACAGUAAUUCUUCAUGCUUUCCAGCUGCUGCUCUGUCUCAUCCAGCUGUGGUGUCCAUUCAUAGAGGCUGCAGUGCUUGAAAUUGAUUUAAUGUUAUUUAUUAAUGUCAGGUACUUUAAUUAUAUAAUGUUUAGUCUUGUUCCAAGAUGUCUGAGUCCUCUUAUUUAUGGCCUCAGAGAUGACAAGUUUUAUCUUGCAUUGAAAAACAAUGCUUUCUGGCUGCUGUUUCGCCGGUCUGUGUCACCUGCUGUUUUGCCUAUCGGUGUCACCUGCUGUUUCGCCGGUCUGUGUCACCUGCUGUUUCGCCGGUCUGUGUCACCUGCUGUUUUGCCUAUCGGUGUCACCUGCUGUUUUGCCGAUCUGUGUUACCUGCUGUGUUUUGUGUACCUGCUGAACACUUAUUUGUUUCCAUUCAUCCAACCCUGCAUCUCCAGCGUUGCUGUUGUUGGCACUCGUCAGGGUGGUUGCCGUUCUUACCCCGGGCUGUGCACACCUUGA